GAUCAUGGGUUCUUCUUCUAGAAAUUUGUAUGCAAGAAUAGGUGAAGGGCAAUCAACCACACGGCCACCUCUUUUUGAUGGAACCAAUUAUACAUAUUGGAAAGAACGAAUGAGAAUCUAUAUUCGUUCCACAAACUUCCAAUUAUGGUUGGUUAUCAAAAACGGGGAAGAGGUGCCGAUGAAGAAAGUCGGAGACAAGUUGCUCCCCAAGACCGAAGACAAAUUUGAUGCCGAAAACAUCAAGAAAGUAGAGAACUACGCAAAAGCAAUUAACAUGCUCUACUGCGCGGUCAACCCCGAUGACUACCGCAAGAUCUCUUGCUGCUCAUUCGCCAAGGAGAUGUGGGAUAAGCUCGAGGUGACGUACGAAGGAACGGACCAAGUACGUGAAGCCAAGAUCGACUUCCUCACCCAAGAGUAUGAGAUGUUCAGGAUGAAGGAGCACGAGAAGAUCGACGAUAUGUUCGACCAUUUUUCCAAGAUAGUCAACGAUCUUCAUGCAUUGAAGAAGACCUACACCGACAGGGAUCUUGUGCGAAAGAUCCUACGGAGCUUGACAUCCGAAUGGCGAUCUAAGGCCGAUGCCAUCUAUGAGUCAAUCGGCACAUCAAAUGUCACCAUCGACGGUUUGAAGAGCGACGAUGAUGAAGUCAAGCUUGUCAUGAAAAAGUUUUGCAAGCUUCUAAGGAAGAAUGAAAAGGUUGAGGACGGCCUUGUGUGCUAUGGAUGUGGUGAAGCCGGGCACAUCAAGAACAAAUGCCCAAGAAGCGGAAGGAAUGCUCGUCACUUCAAAAAGCAAAGAGCAUACAUCUCUUGGGGUGGCGACUCUGGCGAUGAGUCAAGCGAGCAAGAGGAAGACGAAGAAGCAAACCUUUGUCUCAUAGCUCAAGAAGAAGAGGAGUCCGACUACGGCGAAAACCAAAAGCUAAGCCAUGGUUCUGGGCUAGCCAUCUACCCAGCGAUGGUAGAUAUCACCCAUGCAUGGGUAAGUGAUCCCGGGAUUCUAGAAUCAUUCUACCCAGCGAUGGGAGAUAUUACCCAGCGAUGGAAUGCCCUUACCCAGCGAUGGGAACCUUUACCCAUCGAUGGCAACCCAGCGAUGGGAGGGCAUACCCAUGGCUGUCUUGGAGUGCGGUAUCUCCGAGCAAGUGUUGUUGAGGCUCGUGGGACUCGAGUUCUCAGGUUGUAACGGUUUGUUAAGAACCCGUAAGCUUAACGGAAGUAGUGUAGCUCGAGAGAGUCUCUCGGGAGACUGGAUUAGCCACACGUUGUGGUGAACCAGUAUAAAUCUUGGUGUGCUCCCUUUACGCUUUCUACGCUCUUUACUUUUCACGCUCUUAAUUUUUUAUUCCUGCGAUUUCUACGAUCAAACGCUAUUCACCCCCCCUCUAGCGUUGGUCACUUAUUCUAACAAAAAAGCAACCAAGAAACAGUCCACAAAUAA